UCUUCAGUUCCAUGUCGUUAACUUUAAGAUCAGGUCCAUAUAUGUACGGUUCUUAACUCAGGGAUCGAAUUUAACUUUUUUUGCCACUAGCAGGUUUUUGCUAGUGCCAUUUUUUUCAACUAGCAAAAUGGUGGGUUCCACUAGCAGUUAUUUAAAGGCUGUUUUACUUCAUGUACAUAGAGGAUAAUUGAUGUCACAGCCAUAGCUCACUACAUGUACAGACUAUUGAAGGCUCUGCAUAAUUGAUAGAUCUUGCUGAAGCCAGGAACCAGUAUCCAGCCGGUAACCAGUAUGCCAGUUGAUAAUGCUCACAAGUCCAAGAGUAAGGGGUUGAGCCACACACAUCGACAAAACAGCACCGGCAUGUCACUGGCUAGAUACGAUUCGGACACAGACAGCCCACUGCCCAUGGCAUCCAGGUCCCGACUUCACCACUUGUUUGGACAGAUUGAGAAGGAGUUUGAGACACUCUAUUCUGAGAACAUUCUCUUACAAGACAAGGUCGAGAAUCUUCAAGAGCGACUUGACGCCUACAUUGCAGGGGACAAAACUGGGUCUGACUCUCUAGAUAUUCCAGAUGGAUCAGCUAAGGCAAAACGAUCUGCUAGUCACAUCUCACAGAAGAUCAAGAAGUCGUACAUCGCCUCUACUAGCAAGCUGGUGUCUAGUUUCCGUCAGGCGACCCCGGCGUUUGUCAUGGUGAAGAGUUAUCAUGGACACAAAGAUGGGGUCUGGGAGGUGAACGUCUCACGCCAUGACAGCAUGGUCAUAGGCACUGCCUCUGCAGAUCACACAGCCAAGAUAUGGAAUGUCGAGACUGGGAAAUGCCUGCUGUGUUAUGCUGGACAUCAGGGGUCUGUGAAUGCUAUCAGGUUUAAUCCGGUGAAGGACCUUGUUGUAUCAACGUCUGGGGAGGGGACGGCCCACAUCUGGUCACCUACGGUCAACCUACCACCACAUGAGAUACUGCGUUCACAGUCGUCUGAAGAUGAGUUGGAGAUGUCUGAGAAGGAGGAAGCUAAUGAUGAGUUGUUAGAGCAGAUGGGAAGUUUGAGAACACCCCUGAGAGAGCUGAUUGGUCACAAUAAUGUGGUAAUAGCUGCUGAUUGGCUGUGCUCUGGGAGUCAACUGGUCACUGCAUCAUGGGAUAGGACAGCCAUCUUGUUUGAUGCUGAAACUGGAGAAAAUCUCAACACACUUUUUGGACAUGACCAGGAACUGACGGAGGUGCGAGCCCACCCUAGCCAGGAUCUUGUGGUGACCUCAUCCAAGGACACGACCUUCAGACUGUGGGACUUCCGUGACCCCAACAUGCCUGUCACUGUCUUCCAGGGGCAUACCCAGCCGGUGACAACGGCAGUGUUUGCUGGGUCGGAGAAGGUGGUAUCUGGUAGUGACGACCGCACGGUGAAGGUUUGGGAUCUGAAGAACAUGCGGUCACCCCUGGCAACCAUGAGGAUGGACUCAUCCGUCAACAGACUGUGUGUGUCCCAGAGCCAAAAUAUCAUUGCAAUCCCGCACGAUAACCGGCACAUUCGACUGUACGAUCUCAACGGGAACCGGAUAGGUCGUCUGCCCCGCAGCAACAGAGUGGGCCACAGUAAGAUGGUGUGUAGCGUGGCAUGGGCAGACGAAAACCCGCUGUGUAACAUGUUCUCGUGUGGGUUUGAUCGCCAGGUCCUCGGCUGGCAUAUCAACACCCAGAUAAAGGAAUGAGGGUCAAAGGUCGAGGGAUCAUUGAGAGCUGUGUGAAGGGCUGUGUGCACUACUUGUGUAUUUAAGUGUUUCUCAAAUAGAAGAAUGACUGUGGACUGGCCUGAAUCUCUGACUGAUUAGUUGGUUUAUGAUUAUUUCAAGAUACCUGUUGUACAUUAUAUAAAAGCUAAAUUAUAAAUAAUGUCAAAAUUUGUAGAUUCCUGCAUAUAAGAUGUUUCCAAACACAGAUAUUUAUCAUACAAUUACAUGCAUGAUUAAUCUGCAAGGAAAACAUAUCACAAAAUACACUUCAACCUAGUGCAAUAUGGAUAUGUUCCACUCUGCUGAAGACCCAUCAAAAUAAAUGAUAUUGUAGGCCUAAUUCCUGAUCAUUGAGGCUUUUUGAAUCAUGUGACCAUAAAAUAUAUUUUUUGAUUGGGAUGCAUGUGAGUACAAACUUCAAGUUUGCUUUUCCGUAUGUCUACAAUUCUGCAUAGCCCAUGUUAAACCUAGGAUAAAGAGUGAAAUGCGUGAACAUGUUCCGAAUAUAAAUCUGAAUUAACAGGUGCUCUAGAUAAGGCAUUACAUAAAGCUGCCAUUACCCUAAAGACAUGUUAAGAAAGCAUCUUUCAUACAUUUUGUUUUAUUCAUUUGUAUGAUUACUACGAUUGUUACAGCUUUACAUUGGUAAGUUAUUCUAUCAUCUUAAAAAUGAUUAAUUGGACUUACCGGUACAACAAGUUGAAAAUAAGCUUUGAGCGUAAGCGGUAUUGAAAAAUAACUAACAUGUAACGUUGAUUUUCUUAUCAUUUGGCCAGUGAAAAACACUGUUACUGAACACUCAGCAAGUCCGAUCAGAAUUUCUUCUGUACGAGUCACUGAUACCUGCUCCCAGAUAAUUGUAUAUGUGCUUUUGGCUGACCAUAUCCCUGAAAUAGAAACACACCAUACUUAGUAGUGGAGAUGUUUCAACACAGUUACACUUUUUCGUGUUUCAUUUUUGUUCAAUUCUUUUGUUAACACAGGACCAAUAAGCUGAGAGGGGAAUGAUUGUUAUUUUGAUACCAAAGAUGGGCAAAUUAUACUUUUUUACCUUCAUUUUUAUGUACUAGGAAAGGGUUUUGUUGGAAAAAAAUAUACUGUGGUAAAAAUGUAUUUCUAUUUUGUAUCAGGAUAAUUCAUUUGACAUAAAAAAUGCACUUCAACUUAAGUCCAUAAAUGAACGGCCUUUCUGCAAUUGCAAAUAUUUUCUGAUGACUCAACAUCUUCGUAUAUGUUCGGAUCGUGAAUCAUCACAUGUUAAUAUUAGUUAAAAAUUGUUUAUUUUGUUAUUGUUUGUAUUGUGUCAGCAAGCCAUACAAAAUUUAAUCAACAUGUAUUGAAGUCACUAGCAUUUCAAUUUUACGUUAAAAAGGGUUUAACAUAUCAACUAUGAAGUGGUUCAAUUUUUCUGUGUUAUUAUGACGUCAUAUGAUAAACUGCUUUCCGGUUACUGUCCGGUUGUUCUAUUUACAGAAUGGGUGAGAAUGAAUAACUGUAAGGUUUUCUUAAAUGACAUUACACUUUUUUUUACCAAUUCUGGAAGAAAUAAUGAACUAUAGGUGUAAAUAUCAGUAAUAAAUUGCUUGAUUGGUGUCAUUAUUGGGAAAAUUAUUGGGAAAAUUAACGUUUUAGGUUAAUUAAAGUAUGCUUUUUAACCAGCCCAAGUGCAUUCAUACCCAAGAAUGACAUCAAUCACGCAAUUCAUUCCUUAAAUAAAAAAAAGACCUUGUAAAUAAAUGAUAAAUAUCUGCUUAUUUCUUCUUCAUGUUUGAAAAUUGAUAGCAAUGAAUAAAGUGAUGAUUAUUUCUCUUUGACUAACUUGGCAUUUUUAAACCUUUGCAAAUUUGAUAACAAAAAAUAAAUCAAUUAAUAUGAACAUAAGCUAUCUAUAAUAUUAAAGUUCAAAAUAAUGAUUUAUUCCACUUCAAAACACAUCAAUGAAUCUGAUUGUCAAGAAUUUUCAAAAUGUUUUUUAAAAAAGACAAGAAAAAUAUCAAUAUUCAGCUAAGGAGUAUCACUUCUGCUCCGUAUCACAAUAUAUCAUGCCUGCAACAUAAAUGAUGCAACGCCAUUGGUCCAGGACUGGUCAUGCGGUGAACAAAUUAGCCAAAAAUACAUGUUAUUGUUACAGCCUAGUUGAUGCUUUUGUUUUGCCAUAUUAUAAAAUUAUUAUAUUUUUGUGAAUGCUUACAAAAUGUUGUCUCAUUGUUAAAUGUACAAAUAAUGUUAAAGUUAUGUACUUCUCCAAAAUAAGCCAAUCUUCCUGACUUACUAAGACUUGAAUCCUGUUUAAAUGAUAAAAAAUACAGAAUUUUUUUUCUGUUUUACAAACGCUGCACUCUCACAGAUUUACCAUUUUUACAACUUUUUUAUUUUUUGUCUUGGAAAGGGCAAAUUUUUGCAUAAAUAUCUGCAAACUAAUGAUAAAAGAUUGCCGACAAAAAAUCAGAUUGUAGAUUUUCAUAUUUCCGUUCGAAAAAUAAAUGUUUUAUGGCUUAAACCGUUUAAGGAAAAUGCAUAAAACAUAAAAUUUUGGAACUUAAAUAUAAAAAUCUGCAAUCUAUUUUCUUGUCAGCAGUCUUAUAUAAAUGGUUUCCAUGGAUUUUCACAAAAAUUGGCUCGUUCAAAUACAAAAAAUAAAGAAGGUGUCAAAAUGGUAAAUCUGUGAGAAUGCAGCUUUAAGUACCAAGGUCUUUAGUCAUUACAAUUUUGUUUUUCAAAAACCAUAUUUAUAUUGAUGCUAAUUCUCUGUUUACUAGCUAUGUGACAAUUAGUGUCAGUGUAUCAGGCUUUGUUACAUUAUUAUUCUGUGUAUUCUUAUGAACAUGCAUACCACAUGAUUUUAUGUCAGCUUUACAAUUUAAAUUAAAUGUUUUGGUAGCAAAAUCAAAUUUACGAUGAACUGACAAAAACAACUAUUAAUUUUAUAACGGCUAUUGUUACUGCACAGAAAUAUUUAUUUAAAAAGUGACCGUCCAUGAGAUGGCCCCAUCGUAUAUAUUUCUCAAGUCAUAUUUUCAGUCUUUUUAAUAUUGUGCCAUUGUGCAAGAAGAUUGUGUUUUGUGUUUUGCACUUUGGUUCAUCUUUCGUCGGGAGAAACAAAGUGGGGUAUUGUCAUAGCCUUUGUGUUGUUGUUGUCAGGGGUGUUGACAGUGUAGACAGUGUCUUCUACAUGCAAAAACUUGAACUUGGCAAUUUAAACCUAAAGAAAAAUCAAUAAAUUUGAAAGAUACUUGGUAAAGACAUUGCCAGUGGCAAUACGCACAUGUACGGCAAGUCUCAUAACUAUGGCUUUAAUAAUUUUCAAAUGUUGCCCCUUUCAAUUGAAAACAGUAACAGACAUGUGUUGGUGUUGGUAUUGGCUCGGCUUUACCCUCAUAGUUACCUGUAACCUUUCAUUAGUUUCAUUUAUAUCAUUAAAAAAUCCUUGAAUGUAUGUUACUAUGGAUAAAUAUUGAUUAAGUUAAAAAAUAUAUUUGUAUGUAUAGGUUACUAGGUAAUUUAUCUAAAUAUGUUCAUAAAAUAUAAUAUGUUGUUGUUGUAGGAAGAUGUUAAAAUUAAAUCUUGUUUCUGGAAGUGUUAUUUAUUUUAAGAUGAUUUUAAUUAUACAAUUGUAGAACUCACUUGGGUACUAGUCAAUUUAUCAAAUGUCUGAAUUUUAAUUGAAAUCUAAGAUUUGUGUCAUUGUUAUUGCAUUCUGCAUGAUAUAAGCAUAAGACAUGUAAGUCAACAUUUGGAAAUGCUGUUCUUUUGUGAGUUAACUCUAUUUUUAUACAAAAAUGAAAUAUCGAAUAUUCUUUUUAAUCCAGAAAUGCAAAUUAUGUCUUUAGCUAAUGAAAUUAAACCACUUAUAUGACAGUUUCACUAUUAUUAUACUCUGUUUGUGCAAUAGAUGAUUAAAGCUGAUUCAAGAUUUGUUAGAUUUGCUUAUUAUUUAUGGUUUUGGAAGAAAAUAAAGUUGAGUUAUUGU